CACAAACUUAAUUCAAACUUUUUUUUUUUUUUUUUUUGGAAAAUAAAACCCAAGAAAAAUGGGAAGAUCUCCAUGCUGUGAUAAGGUGGGUUUGAAGAAAGGACCAUGGACUCCUGAAGAAGAUGAGAAGCUCUUGGCUUACAUUCAAGAACAUGGCCAUGGAAGCUGGAGAGCUUUGCCUUCAAAAGCUGGGCUACAAAGAUGUGGGAAAAGUUGCAGGUUGAGGUGGAUAAACUAUCUUAGACCUGAUAUAAAGAGAGGAAAAUUCACUCUUCAAGAAGAACAGACCAUAAUUCAGCUUCAUGCUCUCUUGGGUAACAGAUGGUCGGCCAUUGCCACACACUUAUCAAAAAGAACGGAUAAUGAAAUCAAGAAUUACUGGAAUACCCAUCUCAAAAAACGGCUGAUAAAAAUGGGGAUUGAUCCUGUUAGCCACAAGCCCAAAAACGAUACCCUUUUGUCCAACGAUGGUCAUUUCAAGAGCACAGCCAACUUGAGCCACAUGGCUCAGUGGGAGAGUGCAAGGCUCGAAGCUGAAGCCAGAUUAGUGAAACAAUCUAAGGUAUGUUCACUUACCUCUACAUUUGGACCACCUUCGAGCUCGAGGCACCUUGAGAUACAUAAUAAGGCAUGGAAUGGGAUUCUUGAUAACGGGAAUGGAAUUGGAGAUUCCGAAUCAUCAUCAUCCACACUUUCUACCAACAGACUCAAAGAUAACCCCUCAAGUUUUUACGAGUUAGUUGUUGGGGGUAGCAAUGAGGAGAGUUUACAUGAAGAAUACGAGGUAGUUCCGGAAUACAAAGAUCAGAAGAAUGGAAUGGGUCAAGGAGUUAAUGAGAUGACCAUACCUACCAUAGAUGAUAACACAUGGACGACUGAGCCAUUGCAAUCAAGCAACGAUAAUGACCAACAUGUGCCGAAUGGAAAUUUCUUGGAACAUUUUACAGAUCUUUUGUUAUGCAGUAAGAACAGCUUCAGUGAUCGUUGCAGUUUAACAAGAUCUGACAACAAUUCAGAUGUUGAUCUUGUUUGCAAUGACAAAAACGAUAGACCUACUCAUGAAAUUAUCGAUGACUGUUAUGAAGACAAGAACAAGAUUUAUUGGGAUAACAUUCUAAAUAUGGCAAAUGCUUCACCAUCUAAUCAUCCUAUGUUUUAGGAAAGAAUUCCUUUUAUGAUUGAGG